AUGCAGUUCAAGUACCUCACCGUGGUUUUCGCUGCCUGGGCGUCCUUGCUGGUGGCCGCUUCUGCCCUCCCUCAGCCUGAGCCCACCCGGAUAACUCCACAGUCUCCGUUGGGUUGUCUUUCAACUACUCCUGAAGACGAAAUCUGUGAGGAUCCAUUCACGUUGCCAUCGGGACCGUACUCACUGCCGGAUCUUCUCACAGCUUCCCUUACAUUCGGUGUUGUGCUUAUGCUGGAGCGCGCCCCGCGUACUUCGGCUUGCAUCUUGAAAAUGAGUUCCAAGGAAAGGCGAUGGCUUGAGAGAUCAGAUAGCGUGACAGCUGGCAAGAUACUCGAAUGUCUUCUCAAGGAGGGCAUAUGA